AUGAACCUUCUUGUUCUUUUCGUGUCCCUUUUCGUCUCUAUCGGAGCGGCCGGGGCUGCGACGCUUCCCAAAGAGGAUGCCACACAGAAUGGCUGCCUCACUGGCUCUUUGCGUCGCCGGCAGACGCCUCAGAUCAAGCACACGAGAGAACAGCCAGCUUUGGCAAAGCGCGCAGACAACGACGACAAUUGGCUCAACAAGGUCUUAGAAGCGCCUAGCCCGAGCCAAGAUUGGCGUUACACGCUCUCGCAAGCGCCCAUCGCAAGCCCAGAGACAAAACCUUAUCAUCAUGACGAAGAAUACUCUUACAGUCCUCGGCAUGGCUGGCCGGCUCAGAACCCGGCCCCAGGUGCGCCCGUCCAAGACGCAAGUGCGGGAAUGCACCACCUGAAGUCCUGGGAUUCGGCUUGGUUCCAUCCGACGACCUAUCCUAAGUCCGAGUACUCCCAUUCAACCACAAGCACGAUGCCGCCUCAGCACAUCGAGCAGCGUAACCAUCAGAACUUGAACUCCUUCAAUUCUCAGCCACCAGCCCACCAGCCAUCUACGCCUCAACAUCAACCCUUAAGCACAACCAGACCUCACCACGAUAAGCAUGCGGCUGGUUGGAACGAAGUCAUACCCAUGUAUGAAGACCUUAUGCGCAGCAGGGACCUCACUCAAGAAGAUUUUGACCGAGUUAUGACUCAGUUCUAUCCGUCCGUAGCCAACCAUCCUGGUGAAGAGGGGCAUGACGGCGGAUCUAGCAGCCACCAGACAGCCGCCGAAGGCGAAGACAUGUCAGGAGCGGGGGCAAAACGCAAGACAAAACUCCACGAUGUGAACACAUACCAGCUCCUGACGAAGAAAGAUCUGCGCCGCGGCCUUAAAUUCUUGAAGCGAAAAUUAAAGCGAAAGCCACACAGCUACUUGCACUCCAUGGAAGAGUUCGAGAAGAUGUCCAAGGAGACUCGAAAAGAGUAUAAAAAUUGGAAUGCGCGGAGAAAUUAUAUGCUGAGGCAAGAAAAAGCUUCUGCAAAGAAAAGGGAGUCAGAAUUUGUGCAGAAGCCUGCCGAAGAUGAGCAAAUGCGUCUACACUUGCUCAGGAAGCUACGUGCUAUCGACGAAAAGAGGCAGAAGGGGUCUUCGUGGGAUGUGCGCGACACUUUAAUGACAAGAGAAAUUUCGAAAGUCACUGGCGACAAGGGCAAGGAACUUAUGUUCAAAUACAACAAGGUCUUCCCACUCAUCGAAGAGUAUUGGAGGAGAGACCGGAACGUCUUGUGGAUGCUAGACCUAAACCCUCUUGAACUGAGUGCCAAAAAUUCAAUGUUGUCAGGUCCUUACCAAGAUUCGGACCUACAGUCCUCUUCGUACAUGAAUAAGCGCCUUCAGGCAGCUUCACGCAAGCAAGAUGCACUUGCCGUGGCGUCUCAGUCUUGCUCCACCUCUUUUUCCGCUUGA